UCGCGACUCGUGGUCAGUUGCCAGCGAUAGUGGAGCAAAACGUGCCGAUUUGUCCAAGAACAGGUUGUGUAUGUGUGUCCAUCAAACAAGAAACACCAACGAAGCUGCGUUUCCUGCAUAUGUGGGUGCGUGCGUGUGCGUGUGUGAGUGCAAGCUCUCGCGCGUAUGUGUUUGCGUGGGGAGCAUCCUCCGGGGGUGGGAUGAAAAUUUAUUUUCCAUCUUAUCGGUGUGUCGUCCCGCAGCACCAUCGUGCUCUCUCUCUCUCUCUCGCUCUCUUUCUUCUGUCUGCUAAGCUUUGUGCUCAGCUCACACCCACACACACACGCGCGCAGCAGUUCGUGGUUCGUUUCUCCUUCCUUGGUGCCUUGGUGUGCUUUAGCAAUGUUGCUGCAGUGUUGUGCAUUCAGCAUGGGUGUGAUAAAGGAAUUAAUUAUUGCGUGAUAGAGGAAAAAGAAUCCCGACAGAUCAGUUAAUUCAUAAGGACAACUCUGCGCGCCAAAACCGAGGUCGAUUCGUGCCAACUAGCCGCGAUGUAGUGACGUUUCUUCGGUCCAGCUCCCCGCGCGCUCCCCGGGGUGGGCAAAUUUGCACAAAGGCACACUCGCGGAGAGAAAGAGCUGGAAGGUACAGCACACAAUUAUGAAUGAAAAAAGUACGCCCGCCCCUUUCCCUUUUCACCCUUCCGGCACUUGUGAUCGAUAAACUUCCAAUGUGGCCGGUCGCGUAGGAAAAGGUUCUCGUUUUCCGCCCGGUGCACAAGUGUGAGUAACCUAACCGGGUAGAGAGUAGCCUCAGCGAGAGAGAGAGAGAGAGAGAAAGAAUGGUGAUGGGUUGGUGUCUGUGUAAGUGUGCGUGAGUGUGUGUGUGUGUGUGUUUGCUUGAAAAGCUGUACUAUUUGCCAGUUUUCCAGCACCGCUACUAGGCGCCUCCGUCAGCGAUGAGAAGGUCAGUACGUGGUUUGGCAAUCAUUCAUAAACCCGCUCGCUUAGUACGGGUCGCUUCGGCAGGCGUCCCUGCGGUGCGCGAAAGAGUACGAUAAUCGUUAGUGAUUUACCCACUGUUGUGUUUGUUUGUGUGUGUUCUUGUGUUCUAAGUUUAGCCAGCGCCAUAUGUGCGCUGUGCCAUGUGCGACUUAAAUGGCUGCAAAAGCAACACCCAACUGUAGUGAUAAGAAGUGGAAACCAUGCAUGGAUCGAGAAUGAAAACAAGUCUACAAAACAUGGUGUUACUAUCAUCAGAAGCUAACAUAAGGUGAAAGUGAAUUAAGUAUAUCCAGCAUAAAACGACACACGAGAAAGAAAAACGAUACCAUGUGCUACGACAAACUGCUGGACAAGUGUUGAGCCCGAGUGUGGUAUCCGUUUCCCCCCCGAGCCGCGGAGUGGCUAGAACCAAGCCGUGAUUAUAAACAUGUAACAACCUUCCCAUGUGUCUGUGUGUGUUGUCUCCCGUCUCAGCUAAAAGACAACCGAAACCGAACAGUCCACGCACACCCGUUUCAUGCUUCCCGGAUGCGCCGCUAAGGCGCCACCACACCCUUCGCACACCGCACACGCACGCAAAGCCGCCAAACCGUCGCUCCCCUUUCUCCCUCCUCAUGAGCGACCGAUGCAAGGAAAAGCUCCCGAACCCUGGUUCACGCGGUGGUUAGCAAGCGCCACCGUUUGCCUAUAAAUAGUGGCAUAAUUGGUUUACUGUGUGAGUGGGUGUGUGUGUGUGUGUAUGGGGAAGCGAUUGGGCUAAAAAUAGGCCCCAGGAGUCGCGGGUCGCACCAGCAGGGAAAGGAAAAAAAGGGGAGAAAAACAGAAAACCAACAACAAUCCCGCUCACUCCCGGAGGAGCGGCGGCAUGGAUUGUUGCAGCAGCACUACUACUGCCAGCUACGCAGACUACAGGCAGCACGCGAUGAACGGCAACUUCUGCUACCCGUACGCGCCCAGCAUGCUGCGCAGUGCGUCACCGUACCCGUUGGCUGGCGGCGGCGGCGGCGGUGGAGGCGCCCGGUACGGCACUAGCUAUCGAUCUUCCCCGCUGCCGGGUGGUGGCGGCUACCAUGGGGCCGCCUCGCCGCAUGCUCCGUACGAUGGGUACGAUAAGUACUACGGCGGCGGCUACGGGCAUCACGGACCGUCGGGCUACGGCAGCGGUUACUAUGGCAACUACCAUCCGUCGGCCUACCGGGACUAUGGUCCGGGGCACUACAACGGCCACUACUAUCACCAAUCGCAGUCACCGUACGCUCGGGCCGGUGGUGGUGCGGCCUCGCCCAUGUACGGUGGCUACCUGUACCCAUCGGCGGCGGGCCGGCAUUAUGGGGCCACUUCCAGCCUGCAGCAGCAGCAGCAGCAGCAUCAUCCGUUCGGUGGGUCCCGCGACCCGUACCCCUAUCACGGGCAGCGGGAACACCAACAGCAGCAACAGUAUUCGAGCUUCGCCAACUACCCUCACCUGCCACCGUACAGGAACGGCACGCAUCCUGAUCAUCCUGCUGGGGGGAAAUCACACCAUCACCACCCACAGCAGCAGCAGCAGCAGCAGCAGCAGUUUCCAGCGCACCAAAGCUUCCCAGGAAGUCACAACGAACGGGGGAUGACGACGGGUGGAGGAGGCGGCGGCAGCAGCAGCAGUAACAGCCACACCAGCAACGGCGGCAGCAGUGUGGUCGGUGAUGGUCCACCGUCGAACACCACCACCAAUACUGCUUCGUCCGGGUAUGGGUCACCGGGCACCGAUUACACGCUGCCCGGUUCCUCCUACAGCUCGGGGGACAGUCCACCCCACCAGCAUCCACCAGCCGGCGGGGAUGAGCGGGAGUCGAGUGCUACCUCCCGCACACCCACCGCAACACCCACACCAGCAGCGGCACUCGCUCUCGGUGCAGCAACAGCAGCAGCAGCAGCCGAGUUCCCGCUCAGCACAAAGGAUACCCGUAUGCGAAAGCCCAAGGAGCGCAAACUGCAGCGUACCGCCAAUGGAAACGGUGGUGCAGCUGGUGGUGACAGUGGCCAUGGCAGCCGGUCCGGCAGCCCAUCGGCAACCGUGAACGGGUUAAGCAGCGGGAGCAACGGUGCGACAAGGAUGAAAUCGCUGGAUGCACUUACAAAUUUGUGCUGGCCCGAAGAGGAUCAAUUUCCUGGACGAAUGCGAAAAUACUCAACCGCCAAUGGAUUGAAAGGCAGAGAUGGAAACAACAGUAGAAAGGAAACCAACGAAUUGGAAGGUGCCCCCGCGGCGUCCCCCAGCCGAACUGCCGGCCCAACGAGACGCACGAAAAAGCAGACCAGCAAGCAGUCGAAGGAAACGAAAUCAACGUCCGCCGAAAGUAGGGAAAAGCAAACGAACAACAGUGCCACCACGGUGACGCCACCGGUAGAAAUCAAGCACGUCACUCCGCUGCCAGGCUUCCAGCAAGCGUUCGGUUCCACCGAGAUCGGCAAGUUCUCGGAGGUGUUCUUCAACAGCAGUCCAACGUCAGCGAACCACAGUCCACCGACGCCACCGGCUCAUCACCAUCCGCUCCAGCUGCAACAAGAACAACAUCACCAGUCCGGCCAACAUCAGCAGCAGCAGCAACAGCAGGGCCAGCAGCAGUCGGGUGUGGCUCAUCAAUCCCAGCACGGCACAACCACCAUGCAGCAGCUCGUCAUGGAAUCGCUCAAUGCGUACGAAUCCGACGUGGAUACGCUAAGCCCACAGCCCUGGGAGGCGCACGGUGCGGCUCCACCGGUGGACGCGUACGAUAGCACACCGGGCACCAGCGGGUACGGUCUGCCGAUCAGUGCCAGCCACUUUCAUCCGUCGUACUACGAAUCGUCAUCCUACUCCGACCAUGCCGUCGACUCGCCGCUGGGAAACUAUUUCAGCGAAAUGACAUGCAACGAGUUUGUGAACUAAAGAGACAACCUUAACGGGGCUUAGUUGGUGAAGCUAGAUGAUUGGGACCUCGAGCCCAGCAUAACGGAACGUCCAAAGGAACAGUUUGGCGAAAGCUGGAAAAACUCCCACAAACCUUGUAGCUGUAAUCCAAAGAGUUGUUUUAAUGCCAAAGGCAAAACGGAGCUCGCCAAGAGGCGAAAAUGCAAAAAAAAAAAUGAUAUUCUGCAACGGUAGCAAUGGAGCCGCGGGCAGAGCAGAAGUGUCAUGUAAAAAAGAUCUCAAAUUGAUUCAUGUUAGAGGCGCUAGGGUAAACGUGUCAAUAGUGGUUGUGGUGAAUCCAGUAUGCAGUGUUCUCUGACCUUCCCUAAGGCGUCGAAAACAUCAAUUUACGGCCAAUAGUAUCCAAAAAAAGGCUGAAAAGAUUACUAAUUUACAAAAAUGUAACACCAUAAUUCCAGUUUGCUUUUAAUUUCAUACGAGCAAAGUCCCAUUUUUGACACUACUUUGUCAAUUUUAUUAAUUUUACCAUUGCUCUUUUGUAAAAAUACCGUAAACGAGAAAAAAACUGCCUUUUUUUACUGUAUCAGUAUAUGUCGUUGCAAUAGUAUUGAUUGUUAGCAGAAAAAGACACCUAAUUUGAUUUCUUGUUACUGAAUCAGAAAAAGUUUAAUUUUAAUCACUUGAUCCAAUGUUUCUAAUCGGUAGUGGAUAAUUGCACCGUUUUUUGCAUUUCAAGGUUUGUUUGACUAUCGUAUGUGAAGGAGAAUAAUUCAAACCUACAAGAACCUGGUGUAAGAUAGGUAGCGACCUCUGCAACGCUCACAAUUAGAUCAGCAAAAGAUUAAGCUCAACAUUUAUCAACAAAACUACCAAAAGUUUAAUGUACUCAGCGUAAACAGAAGGUCAUGCUUGGCAUUAUAGCUCGAAAACAAUAAUUUUCUUAAACGUUUUCAAGAAUAAUGCACAUUGCAUACUUAUAUUUGAGCUAACUUAUCGAAAAGCACCUCUAUUUUGUAUCCUAUUUAACAAUUUCUUACAUAUGCAAUAUGCAGUCAAGUCUAUUUAGAAUGUAUCUCGAAGGGACAAACAGUUAAGAAAGACAUUGUACAACGUUCUUUUUUUUU